GGUUAUAAAAAUAUUAUUUAUAUGAAUAACUUUUAAAAAUUAAUAAAGGACCCUUAUAAAUAUGACAUCGUUAAUAAAAAAUCUAAACAAAACGAAAUUUAUUUUAAAUGUUUUCUUUUAUAAAGAAAAUAAAAUAUUGAGUUCUUCUAUUCAUACAAAUUUAAUCCCUUCAUUCUAUGAUAAAGAUCCCGGACCAACAUUCAUCAAUGAUAAAGUUCAAAAUCAUUUAAAAUUGUUAACCAGAAUUAACAUAAAGAAAGUAUAUCGUAAACGAAAAAUGGAAGAUAAAUACUUACAUACUCCACAGUACAAAUUUAUGACAACAGAACAAGUUGAAAAGUUAAUGAAUGAUAUGCGUUUAAAAGCUGAAGAAAAACUACAAAUGCCACCAGUUGUACAAGUUCGAAAACCAAUUAAUGAUAUACUAAGUACAGAUUCAGCUUUAACAGGUUACGAUACAGCCAAAUUUGUUUUCACCGAUAUCACUUAUGGUAUUGAUGACCGUGAACGUAUAAUUUUAACACGAGAACCAGAUGGUACUUUACAAAAAUCAGAUUGGAACACACGACACCGUAUGAAUCAAUUAUAUUUCCCAAGGACUGGACGUAGUUUAGCAAAACCACGCAUGUUUGAAGAACAAUUUUUAAACGAUUUAUUAGAACGUAAAGAAUAUGAAUUUAUUUUGGAUUCAGCAUGUGUUCAAUUUGAACCUGAUGAUGAAGAAUAUCAAAAAGUUACAAGUAUUUGUUAUCAAACUAUUAGCAACGAAAGAGAUUUUGAAAAAUUACGAUCAACCAGACAUUUUGGUCCGUUGGUCUUUUAUUUAGUUUGGAAUAAAAAUAUUGAUAAUUUAUUAUUAGAUUUAUUAGAAACUAAGUAUAUUGAGGAAGCAUCUGCUUUAAUAAGUUUAUUUUAUACCGUACAUAAAAUUGAUGUAAACAAUUUAUCAUCAGAUGAUUUAUUAAAAAAAUACAUUUUAGAAUCAACAGCAUCGAAUCGCGCAGUUUUAGAGUUGGCUUUACAAGCUAAUGAAAAUCUUAAGUCUACACAAGCGUUAUCUUAAGAAAUAUGUUGUACAUUAUACAUUUAUUAGUCAUUAACAAUAAAUAUUUUAUGAUGAUA